AUAUCAAGUAAAAACCAAGGGAGUUCGUUGUUAAAUGGACAAUAUGUGGCUGUUAGGGGCGAUAUUUGUUUGUCUCCAUUUCAUGGUGGUUCACUCAAAAUCUUGUGAUGAAGUGUAUGCAUGUCCAAAUGCAACAUUUAGUGCAGAUGAGUUGAUCGAUUAUGAAUUCAACGAAGAAAAUUCCAAAUGGAAGAUGAUUAUGCCUUCAAACUUUCUUGACGUUUUCUGUCCAUACUUAUCGGAAAUGCAGAUUUGCAUUAAGAACUAUGGAGCAAGAUGCGAUGACAUGCAGCAACAUAUGUUUAGAAUGAUGGAAAACAUGUACAAUCCAGUAUGCAUCACUCAUAAAGCAGAAUUGACUGAAUUAAUUUCCUCCUGCUUCAAUGUCGAGGUGUAUCAAGACCAGUUGUUGGUGUGCCACAACAAUGCAGAGCAAGAAUAUAUGCAAAAAACUGAUAACAGGUCUCAAAACACAGCAAUCAUAGACCAAAUAGACUGUGGAGUGGUAGAUGGUUGGGCAAGUUGUAUACACGGUGUUAUCAAAUCAUGCAGUCCGGAGAACGCAUAUGUAUUUCUACCUAUAGUUGAGGCCUCUAAACCAGGCAUUUGUUUGAUGUAAACAAAACAUUUUCCACUGUGGAAAAAGUAAUUUAAAUACAUGUUCACAAAGCUGUGUAUUUAACUUUCAAUAAUCUUUAAUGACCACUUUCUCCAGUCUUUUGCAACUUUUCUUUUCAUCAUGUAUAGAUUUAACGUGUUUUAGUUUUAACCUGUAACGAGUUUUGGGAAUAUUAAAAAUUAAUUACCA